UUGCGCGGAUGUAAUACCGGAGUAAAUUGACAUGGUUGUUUUCAUGCCAGUGUAGAGGAGGGAAAAAAAAAAAAAAAAAAAAAGUUACGUUCGUCUUUUUUCGACUCGUAGCGAGUUUGUGUUUGACGCCGUUUGGAGACGCUUCGCAAGUGAGAAGAAUAAGCCGCAGCUGAGGGACCAGGAGCCGGGAACAAUGGGCAGUGAACCGUGUGCAGUUCAGAUUGUGUCGGUGUGUAAGGAGGAGCACUCCUUCACGCUGAACGAGGAGGCCUUGGCACGUGUCCUGUUGGCCCCCCACGUCCGGGACAAACAUGUGGUGGUUCUGUCGGUGGCCGGGGCCUUCAGGAAGGGGAAGAGCUUCCUGCUUGACUUCAUGCUGCGCUACAUGCACAGACAGGGCGACAUGAACUGGCUGGGUCGGGAUGACGAGCCGCUCACCGGAUUCUCUUGGAGGGGGGGUUCAGAACCGGAGACAACCGGCAUCCAGAUUUGGAGCGAGGUGUUCCUCGUCACAAAGACUGAUGGAACGGAGUUGGCUGUCGUGUUAAUGGACACUCAAGGAGCGUUCGACAACGAGUCGACAGUGAAAGACUGUGCCACCAUCUUUGCCCUCAGCACCAUGACGAGCUCUAUUCAGCUCUACAAUCUGUCUCAGAACAUCCAAGAAGACGAUCUGCAGCAGCUACAACUCUUCACAGAGUAUGGACGCCUCGCCUUGGAUGAAAUCUUCCUGAAGCCCUUUCAGUCCUUGAUGUUUCUGAUUCGUGAUUGGAGCUUUCCUUACGAAUACCAAUAUGGCUUCAUUGGAGGCAAUGAAUUCCUGGAUAAGCGGUUACAGGUUACAGAUCAACAACACGAGGAGCUGCAAACAGUGAGGGAGCACAUCCACUCCUGCUUUACCCACAUUUCCUGCUUCCUGCUGCCUCACCCAGGCUUGAAUGUUGCCACCAGCCCUUCUUUUGAAGGACAACUCAACGCUGUGGCGCCCGAGUUCAAAGAUCAACUGAAGAUUUUGAUCCCUAAUCUCCUGUAUCCGGACAACCUGGCCGUGAAAGAAAUCAAUGGCAAUAAAGUCACCUGCAGAGGCCUGCUGGAGUUUUUCAAGGCUUACAUCAAGAUCUACCAGGGAGAGGACUUGCCAGAGCCAAAGAGUAUGCUCAUGGCUACCGCUGAGGCCAACAACCUGGCAGCCGUGGCAGCAAGCAAAGAUCAGUAUUACAAGAACAUGGAGAAGAUGUGUGGCGGAGACCUGCCCUAUAUGGCUCCCGAAUCCUUGGAGGAGAAGAAUGUCUUUUACUUCAAGGAGGCUCUUCACAGCUUCUCCACCACCAAGAAGAUGGGCGGCCAGGAGUUUUGUGAUCGUUACCAAGCACAACUAGAGAAGGAGCUGGAGGACAUGUGGCAGUCGUUCGCCAAGCACAACGAGUCCAAGAAUCUCUUCAGCGCCAUCCGUACGCCAGCAGUACUGUUCGCGCUGGUGUGCCUCCUCUACGUGCUAUCGGGUGUGCUGUUCUUCAUCGGCCUGACCACCAUCGCCGUGGUAUGCGACUGCAUUCUGGGUGUGGUCAUGAUGGCCAUGCUGACAUGGGGCUUCAUUCGCUACACCGGCCGCUACUCGCAUGUGGGCGGAGCCAUCGACCAGGCCGCAGGUGUGGUCUUGGAGCAGGCCACCGGGGUUUUGAACAAGACGAAAGAGCAAAGCAUGGCCAACGUAAAGAAAUCCAGUUAAGAGGACCCCCGGCAGCCGCAGCACACGACACAGCACAAGAUCCCACACUCGGCACUAAAAGCUUUAUCAUUCCACCCCGCCCUGGGAGAAAGUACGCACGCACACACACACACACACACACACACACACACACACACACACACACACACACAGACACACACACACAAGAGAAAAAUGCACAGCUGGAAGAAAUGUUACCAAAAAAUAGCACCUGCAUCUGCAUGAAGUCUUACUGUAUUCGAAGACAGGGCUGAAUGCAUCGUAGAUGCUGCUGGGAGAAGUACUUAUUUAGCUUUUGAUCGGUUGCAAACAGCCUCUGCAAAAAUAUUAGCUUACUUAGCCUUAAAGCUAAUGUUCCUUUAGCAGCUCUUUCACUCUGUGCCUUUAAAAAGCAUUCCAUUCUCUCACGGUUGAACAUUCCCCUUCACUUUCUACACAUCCAUUUGCAUCAGAGUAGCAAGUACGCACUUUUAUGUCUCCAGAUUGUAAACGCCAAACGAGCGUAAAGUGCAAAGAAAUCAUGGAUUCCAACACACUUCCACUCAAUUCCAAAGUCUUUGUCGGACCCAUAAGAUGUUACACUUUGAUACGAAACAGAAGAUUCUUUUUAGAGAAAUUAUUUAUAGGAACUUGUUUACAACUCCAAAGAUUUAUUAUAUCACCUAACUUAAUGAAAUAGCAUCCAGCUUAGCUCCUGCAGCCUCUUUUGGAUGAUUCUGCACUCUGUUGCUCUCAAUAGAUGCUGCAGUUUUCCUAUGCAGCCCUUUCAAAAUGGCAGUAAAAUGCGCUGUUAAAUGUGUUGAACACUAAAUAGCACGGGCUAAAAGGAAGGAUUUUAACAGAAGAGUGUUACUGUACUGCAGAGAUGGACGCCAUGCAGCAAAUAAACACUUAAUUCAA